AAACACUUCCGAGUUGAAGACCUGAUCGCGGAGAAAACCCGGAAGUGAUGAAUCGCUGUAUGUGAGUCACGGUGAGCUCCGGAUGCCUCCUUCAGUUGUUGUACACACUGAGGAGUGAUCACAGCGCUCUGCCUGUGCGCAAUGCGCUGUGGGGCUGCUGGAGGUGCUAAGCAGCCGUCAUCACCCACUGCCGCCGCUAAUAAGGGGACGUCACUGUGAACCGGCGUGGGGUGACUGAGAAUUGGGAUUUGGCGGACUCAUGGGACUCUGCAGUAAGCGCCCGUCUGCCACCGGCCCAGCACAAGUGACUGUUGCUGGUGACAUGGACAAGUGACGCCAAUUCUUCUGGAGAAUUUAAACCAGAUUGCAGCCAUGAAAAACAUAGUGGAUUAUACCAACCUGUCCCGCCUUUUGCCGCCCUCCUCCUCACAGGGUGGACAUGGUAGGGGAGGGUACAAGGGAGGGGAUGAUGAAGCAUUAACGAUGGAAGGCCCUCCUGCUCCCAGCCCGCAGAGUGAAGCAGUUGCCAAUGAUUUGCAAGAACUAUCUCUGCAGCCUGGAUCCUACAUUCAGGUUGCUGGACACAGGUCCAAUGAUCCUCCACUCAGCGAGCGGAAAAAUGUUUUGCAGCUCAAGCUCCAGCAGAGGAGGACACGAGAGGAGUUGGUGAAUCAAGGAAUAAUGCCACCUCUGAAGAGUCCAGCGUCUUUCCACGAACAGAGACGGAGCUUAGAGAGGGCACGGACUGAGGACUAUUUAAAGAGGAAGAUCAGGUGUCGGCCGCAGCGUUCUGAGCUAGUGAGGAUGCAUAUACUUGAAGAGACCUCAGCUGAGCCUUCUCUACAAGCCAAACAGCUAAAACUAAAGAGAGCACGUCUUGCAGAUGAUCUAAAUGAAAAGAUCUCCCAGCGACCCGGUCCUAUGGAACUGGUGGUAAAAAAUAUACUUCCUGUGGAAACAAGCCUAAAGGAGGUGAUAAUUGAUGUGGAUUAUGCUAAAGUGGCAGACAGCUCUUCAUUUGAUGAAGACAGCAGUGAUGCUUUGUCCCCAGAGCAACCAGCUAGCCAAGAGUCACAAGGAUCAGUACCAUCCCCUGCUGAUUCUAGAGUUAGUGAAGCUACGCCACUACUCUCCCCAACCCAGACUUUUACAUGGGUGCAGCUUGGAUCAGACAUUGCAGAAAAACCACAUGCUUCUGAACUCCCACAGACCAUGACAUUGAACAUCAGUAAUGGUCUCUCUGCUCCAGCUAACAAAUCCUUCCCAUCUUUCAUAAAAAACAAUCAAUCAAAACCAUUUCAUGAUAAGUCACAGCGCUCUAAAAAAACAAAGGAACCCAAACCCAGGGUUAAGAAGCUCAAGUAUCACCAGUAUAUCCCUCCUGAUCAAAAACAGAAAGGUACACCAGCAAUGGACUCCUCUUAUGCGAAAAUACUGCAACAGCAGCAGCUUUUUCUUCAGCUUCAAAUCCUAAAUCAACAGCAGCAUCAGCAUUACAACUACCAGACAAUCCUCCCAGCCCCUCCAAAGCCACUGCAAGACCAGCAGACCACUGCCAUAACUAACAUCACCACAGUGCGCACCUUGCCUACAAUCAGUGUCUCUACCCAUGCUGCCCCUAAUGUAUUCAGGCAAAACAGCAAUAUGGCAGCUGUUCCAACAAAAAUGGGUCCACUUCCAUACAAUUUGGAUGACUUAAAGGUAGCAGAACUGAAACAAGAGUUAAAGCAGCGUGGCCUCCAUGUUUCUGGGACAAAGCUGGACCUCAUUGAGAGACUCAAAGCAACACAGGAUCCUUGCACAGUCACCUCCGGACCUAUAAAAUCUACAUCCAAUCAGCAACUUAAGCCAAGUGAGGUGAUGCCAGCUAUCCCAACUGUAUCUGCUUUUUCCUCAGCCAAAGAGUCCUCAAAGCUUGGCAGUUUUAGUUCCACACCACCAUGUUCUCCCUGUCCAUCAGAGGUUUCUAUAGCUAGCAUGGAUGAUGUGUCCACAAUCGGAGACCCCUUCACAGAAACCAGUUCCUCUUCUGUAGCACAGCGCAUAGUGUUGUCAUCUUCAGCUCCAAACACCAAUGAGAAGUGCUCUACAAUUGUUAGAGAUAAAGACAUUAUGCUACGAGAGAAAGACCGGCAGAUUGAGGCGCUAACCAGAAGACUGAAGCAGAAACAAGAUUUAGUGGAGAGGCUCAGACAGCAGAUAGAACACGAGAAGAAGACACAGCCAUUGCCACCUUGUGAUGAUCAGCAAUCUCUGAUAUCCCAAGUGAAACAGGAGCCUAAUUCAUUUACCUGUGACUCUAUUAAAAGUAUGCAAUCCUUGGAUACAAGGGCAGCAGUUAAGUCAGAACUUGUAACACAUGCUACCUGCCAGCAAGAGCAACAAAUGUUCAUAAACUCAGUGCUCAAAAGGGAUGAAGUGAAAAUCAAUGGCUCCACAGGGCCACAGCUGAUCCUCACAGUACACAACCCUAGUGCUGUGUUUCCAGAAGUAAGUCAACCUGUUGUACUACAGACGUUGACUACAACUCAAGAAUCUCCCCAGCCCAAUAUCUUACAACCAAAAACACAGAUACUUCUUCCCCAGACUUCACCACAGAGUCCAAAGCCAGGUCUCCAACUGGGGCCUUGUACCAUUUUAUCUUUCGCUAUUUCUUCCAACAUAGAACCAUUUGUGAAUGUGAAUGGUUUACAGAAGCAGCAGACAGACAUGAGCAAGGAAUGCCCCAUAAGCUGCACUGAGAAACAGGUGGUCUCCCCAAACACACAAUCACCAACUACAACAGCAACAUCCCAGUCUGAGUCUGUGCCUUCACAGAACAUUUUCCUUUCCCCUUCAUCGCCAGCCUGGACAAAGGAAACACCAGAGAAUGGGGAACCCAACAGUUCUGAGGAUGGGAGACCUACAGGACUGCAAAUGGAUGACUUCUUUGACAUUUUGAUACAUAAUUUAGAUCUAACUACUGAGUGCAAAGAAUAUCUGGUGCCGUGUCUUAAACAAACAUCUCCCACUCCUGCUGAAAAUGCAGUGCCACAAAGUGAGAUGCCCCCACCACCUGUUCGCACUGCGCCAGAUCGGCUUGAGGACUUUUCAGAGACUUCAAUAUGGACACAGUUACUUCGAGCGGAGCAGGAUGGUACAUCUGUGCCACUUAUUGAUGAUCUGCACAGUCAGAUGCUGAGCAGCUUGGCCAUCCUGGAUCACCCCUCCUCACCAAUGGAUACAUCUGAUCUGCACUUCUCCCCAGAGAGAGAUUCUCUUGGACUGGACAUGUCUGACCCUCCCCUUAAUGGCAUGGACUGGCUUGAGCUAUUAGGGCCUCCAGCGAUGAAUCUAACUCCAUUGAGUACUGCCACCCCUAGUGUCUUCUCUACAGACUUUUUGGACAGUCAUGACAUGCAGCUACACUGGGACUCCAGCUUAUAAAUCAGCUGUUGUUAAAAUCCAGUGUGUUAAAGGAAACAAGACAGCACUUUCCCAGACAUUAAUUAAUGACUCCGUUACUAAAGAGAGUAAAUCAAGAAGGCAGUUGGGUAUUAUGUGCCAAUAUGGAGGAAAUAAAUGCUGCCCGCUCCUAUAUAUCACCCCCCUCCAAAUAAAUAAAAUGAUCAUUAAGAGCAUAAUAAGCAAAUUAUACUUUCUAUAACUCACUGCAUGUCUUACAGUAUACUAUGGUGACAUUUAUCAUUGAGAACAUGCUUUUAUAAACUUUUCAAAUACUUUUGUAGAGGUUUCCAUAUCAUCACACAUGAGAAAAUGGCACCAUGCGCUGUUUUAGCAUUUGGAGUAAGUUGAUUUUUUUCCUGAAUUUGUACACUCUGGGCCAACGUCUCUUCUGGUCUCCUGUGCCCUGAUGAAGGUGGCUAUGUUUAUAAGUAUGGAAACAUUUAACAUGCAUGUUUGAGGGUGUUAAUUCUAGUUUUAUUUGGGAGAAACUUGAAUUUUAGUUUUUCUUUUAAAUGGUGGUCUAUAUUCUAAAUCCCUCCUUUAGUUUAUUGUUAUGAUAAGUGGAAGAAGGCUGGUGGCACUACAGUCUUUAAAUUCUGGAAGCACUAACACCUGAAGAAUUAAUUUGCUGUGUCUACUGUAGGUUAAGUAGGAAAUUCAAUCCUUCCACAGAGCAUAUGUCUUCUUGUAGUCAUCAUCUCUUAAAGGAAUGCUGCAAAUUCUAAAUAUGCACCAAUGUUGGUUUUAAAGCAAGAUAGUAUUCAUACCAUUACAUCGAGAAGAGUAUAUCACACACAAAAUCUGUUCUAGGGAAACUUUUUUUUAGUAUUAGAGAUGAUCUGCAUCUGGAAUAUCGACCUAAAGAUGACUGAUAAUGCACAACAAUUUAUCCUCUUGACUUCAUCUAUUUUUCCCACAAUUGUAUAAAUCCCAUUUAAUUUUAGAAGCACCUUAAAUUUAGGAUUUUCAGUCAAAAAUCCUAUCAAUUACAUUUUUAAAACACCAGAUGGCCAUCUUAAAUUUACUGCAGUAUAAAUCUGAAAUAUGAUUCCUUUUAAAAGUUACCUUAUGUAUCAAUCUUCCAUGUUGCUCCAGGAAUCAUAAACUGCUAAGUGUUCUAUGGUGACUUAUGUAGUUGUUGCCAAACCUUUGCAUGGGUGGAACCAUGUUUAUUGCUAUUUUGCCAAAAGACCUGCUGGCAUACAGUGCUAAUGUUAUUUUCACGUUUUGGCAUUCAUGUUCAUCCAACCUGUAUCUGUUGAACCCUUUCUCAACAACACCUGUGUGUUCUUAUCCCCUGGCUUAUAUUCAGAUAGAUGAAUGCUUUGCCCAAUUUUGUUUUGCUUGUUACAAUGUCCGCCAUGAAUGCUGGGUAUCCGGAAUUCUCGUUCAUGUCCAUGAAAUUAAUGUAUAAAGCAGAUUAAUCCGUUUUAUUUUUUAAUUCUGUAAGACAUCGGCAAAAAAAGGUAACUGGAAAAUAAAAAUACAGACCAAAAAAAAAACCCUAGUAAUUAAUAAAGAAAUAUUUGCAAGGUGA